AUGAAGAAGAUUCUAAACCGCGAUCAUGGUUACCCUUUACGUGCGGUUGUUCCUGGUGUCAUCGGUGCACGCUCUGUUAAAUGGUUGGAUAGCAUUGAGAUAAAAGAAGAAGAAUGCCAGGGGUUUUUUAUGCAGAAGGAUUACAAAAUGUUUCCACCUUCAGUCGAUUGGGACAACAUUGACUGGUCAACUAGGAAGCCACAGAUGGACUUCCCUGUGCAGUCUGCUAUUUGUUCUUUGGAGGAUGUAGAUGUUGUCAGACAAGGAAAGAUUAAGGUUGCUGGUUAUGCACUGUCUGGUGGUGGCCGUGGGAUUGAGAGAGUGGAUAUUUCUGUGGAUGGGGGUAAAACCUGGGUGGAAGCUCAGAGAUACCAGAAAACCAAUGUGCUGUAUGCAUCCGAUGAUAUGAACAGUGAUAAGUGGGCGUGGGUUCUUUUUGAGGCUGUGGUUGACAUACCAGAAGAUGCUGAGAUCAUUGCCAAAGCGGUUGACUCAGCUGCAAAUGUCCAACCUCAAAAUGUCGACGAAGUAUGGAACCUGAGAGGAAUACUAAACACCUCAUGGCACCGCGUUCAAGUGCGCAAUGCUUCGCGUGUAGUAGCCAACUCUAGUCUCUGAACGGAGAUAUAUAUCUGAAGAGCCCUAAUAACGAGUAAGCAAUAAAUAAGGCUAAUCUCAUCUUUUGAAGUAUUAGAGUAUCAAGAUUGUGCUUAUUGUACCUGUGAUUUGAUGCAUGUUGUACCAAGGAGACGUAAUGCAGGUUCAGUACCCUGGUAGGAACCAACUUGUUUCAACUCAUUCCAGUUAAAGCGUGAAUUAGUCUUGAGCCUGAAUUUUGCAUCAGGUAAAUCGCAAAACCGUUGCCUUGAACUAGCGUUUCUGACAAUGAUCGAAUGGUUAAUUGCACUA